UGUAGGUUGAUGACAUGUCUUCGACCUUCGGCGUCCUUGACGAGCCGAAGACGAGCGUGCGCGGCCGUGACGGACGGUAGAGCGCCGGACAUGGCGGAAGGAAAUCCUCUGUUGCACGUGUCAAAUGUGCGAAACAGGCUGAGAGAAAUUGUGGGCGCUUCCACCAACUGGAGCGACCACCGGCAAGCCAUGGCGGAGCGCGCGUCGCUGUCGUCCAUGUUGGCCAAGUCGCAGGGCGAGCUCCCGGCCAAGAGCAUGAAAGAGAGCCUCCUGGAGGUCCACCUGCCGCUGGGCUCGCAGCCGCAGCUGCGCGAGAAGUACCUCACCUUCCACAACACCGUCAGGUUCGGACGCAUCCUGGAGGACUUGGAUAGUUUGGCAGUGCUGAUUUCGUACUCGCACACUUACAACCCCGCCCUGAAGAGGUCGCCGUUGUCCAUCGUCACCGCCCUGGUGGACAAAAUAGACAUGAGGCAGCACGACAUCUAUCCCGACGGCGACAUCAAGUUCAGCGGUCACGUCAGCUGGGUGGGGAGCACGUCCAUCGAGGCCAAGAUGCACAUGACGCAGUAUCGGAAUGGCGAAUAUUCACCGGUUCUGGAUGCCACCUUUGUCAUGGUUGCUCGCGAUCCGCAGAACAAGAGGGCAGCUUUUGUAAAUCCUCUGCGUCCAGAAGGCCCGGAAGAGGAGGAACUCUUCCGCCAGGGAGAAGCCAACAAAUCGCGCCGCGUGGAGCUCAGCACCGCGUCCCUCCUUAAGGUGGCGCCCACCGCCGAGGAAAGGAAGAUCGUCCACGGCCUCUUCCUAAACACGCUGGACAAAAAGACGGUGAGCUUCCGCAGCCGUGUUUUGCCUCCUGACUCAGUGUGGAUGGAAGACGCCAAACUCAAAGGCUUGGAGAUCUGCCACCCGCAAGAGAGGAAUAUUUUCAACCGGAUCUUCGGGGGCUUCCUGAUGAGGAAAGCCUACGAGCUGGGCUGGGCCAACGCCUGCGCCUUCGGGGGGUGCCGACCCGGUCUGGUGGCCGUGGACGACAUUCUGUUCCGCAAACCUGUGGAGAUCGGAUCCUUGUUGCUGCUCUCCUCGCAGGUGUGUUACACGGAGGGUAAGCACAUCCAGGUGAGGGUUCACAGCGAAGUCUUUGACCCGAUGAGCCGCCAACACGACACCACCAACGUCUUCCACUUCACCUUCGCGUCCGACCGCGACGUCCCCAACAUCGUCCCGCAGACCUACGGAGAGUCCAUGCUGUACCUGGACGGGAAACGGCACUUCGACCAAGCGGUGGAGCACUGA